AUGACUUGUGGAUCUUACUGUGCUGGCCCUGCCUUCAGCUGCAUGUCGGCCUGCGGGCCCCGGCCGGGCCGCUGCUGCAUCACGGCCUCCCCCUACCGCGGCGUCUCCUGCUACCGCGGCCUCACCGGGGGCUUUGGCAGCCACAGCGUUUGCGGCGGCUUCCGCGCCGGCUCCUGCGGCCGCAGCUUCGGCUACCGCUCCGGCGGCGUGUGCGGGCCCAGCCCGCCCUGCAUCACCAGCGUGUCGGUCAACGAGAGCCUCCUCACGCCCCUCAACCUGGAGAUCGACCCCAAUGCGCAGUGCGUGAAGCACGAGGAGAAGGAGCAGAUCAAGUGCCUCAACAGCAGGUUCGCUGCCUUCAUCGACAAGGUGCGCUUCCUGGAGCAGCAGAACAAGCUGCUGGAGACCAAGUGGCAGUUCUACCAGAACCGCAGGUGCUGCGAGAGCAACCUGGAGCCCCUGUUCGAGGGCUACAUCGAGACGCUGAGGAGGGAGGCCGAGUGCGUGGAGGCCGACAGCGGGAGGCUGGCCUCAGAGCUCAACCACGUGCAGGAAGUGAUGGAGGGCUACAAGAAGAAGUAUGAGGAGGAAGUUUCUCUGAGAGCAACAGCUGAGAAUGAAUUUGUGGCUCUGAAGAAGGAUGUGGACUGCGCCUACCUCCGCAAGUCAGACCUGGAGGCCAACGCGGAGGCCCUGACUGAGGAGAUCGACUUCCUGCGGCGCCUGUAUGAGGAGGAGAUCCGCGUUCUCAAUGCCCACAUCUCAGACACCUCGGUCAUCGUCAAGAUGGACAACAGCCGGGACCUGAACAUGGACUGCAUUGUGGCCGAGAUCAAGGCUCAGUACGACGACAUCGCCAGCCGCAGCCGGGCUGAGGCUGAGUCUUGGUACCGCAGCAAGUGUGAGGAGAUGAAGGCCACGGUGAUCCGGCACGGGGAGACCCUGCGCCGCACCAAGGAAGAGAUCAACGAGCUCAACCGCAUGAUCCAGAGGCUGACCGCUGAGGUUGAGAAUGCCAAGUGCCAGAACUCCAAGCUGGAGGCCGCAGUGACCCAGUCGGAGCAGCAGGGCGAGGCGGCUCUGAGCGAUGCCCGCUGCAAGCUGGCGGAGCUGGAGGCCGCCCUGCAGAAGGCCAAGCAGGACAUGGCUUGCCUGGUCAAGGAGUACCAGGAGGUGAUGAACUCCAAGCUGGGCCUGGACAUCGAGAUCGCCACCUACAGGCGGCUGCUGGAGGGCGAGGAGCAGAGGCUGUGUGAGGGCGUCGGCGCCGUGAAUGUGUGCGUCAGCAGCUCCCGCGGUGGCGUCGUCUGUGGCGAUCUCUGCGCCUCCGGUGCUGCCCCUGCUGUCACCAACAGAGUCUGCAGCGCCCCCUGUAGCGGCAACAUGGUGGUGGGCACCAGCUCUUGCGCCCCGGCCUGCGGCGGGAGCUGUCAGAAGUGCUAGGGGGCUGCCGCCGCCGCCGCCAGCCAGCGAGCAUCCCCGUCACCCUCCGGCCAGGACCUCCCGCAUCCCGAGCGCCCCGCCAACGCCGCCCCACGACCGCCAGCCGCCAGGCCCCGGCCCCCCCCGCAAGCCGGUGGCCAGAUGUGCGCACUCUGCGGGCCUCCCUACC